AUGGCAGGGCUUCAAGAACAGACUUUACCUUCCAAUAGUGCCCUGCCUCAAGUGCGACUGACAAUGGAAUUAAUGGGGCACAGGCAGUGGAAAAGGGUCCAGGUCUCUACUGUUGGUAGGAGUGAAUGUGCCACCUGGGGCAAUUUCCACUUUCAUACGUUUGACCAUGUUAAGUUCACUUUUCCUGGAACCUGCACGUACGUCUUUGCUUCUCACUGCAAUGACAGCUACCAGGACUUUAACAUCCAAAUCAGGCGCAGUGACAAAAAUAGUCACCUUAUCUACUUCACGGUCACCAUUGAUGGGGUGAUCCUGGAGGUGAAGGAGACUGGCAUCACAGUGAAUGGAAACCAGAUCCCUGUGCCCUUCAGCUUGAAGAGCAUCCUGAUUGAGGACACCUGUGCUUACUUCCAAGUCACUUCCAAGCUGGGUCUGACACUCAAGUGGAACUGGGCUGACACUCUCCUACUGGACCUGGAAGAAACAUAUAAAGAGAAAAUAUGUGGUCUCUGUGGGAACUAUGAUGGCAAUAAGAAGAAUGAUUUGAUUUUGGACGUGGUAGAUUUGGAGCUCAUUGUCAUACUUGAUAUUAAGCUUUUUGGGCACAUCUUAGUCAUGUUUCUGCCCUUUACUUCACAACCGCAAUUGAUCAGGAAUGCCCAAACAACAUGGAGUACAUGGAAUGUGGAAAUUCCUGUGCUGAUACUUGUGCUGACCCAGAAAGAAGCAAGAUUUGCAAAGCCCCGUGUACAGAUGGCUGUUUCUGUCCUCUUGAACACUGAUGACACAUUUGUGGUGAUUGGAGAGAUUGUUCAGUGUGGGACAUCAAAGACAAUGACUUGCUUAAAGAAUGUAAUUGUCACACUAGGAAGAACUACGAUAAAAAUAUGUUCCUGUGGAAAUAUCUACAUGAACAAUUUCAUUGUGAAGCUGCCAGUAAGCAAAGAUGGCAUCACCAUCUUCAGACCCUCUACAUUUUUUAUCAAAAUCUUGAGCUCAAUUGGAGUACAGAUUCGAGUGCAAAUGAAACCUGUGAUGCAGCUCUCCAUAACAGUUGAUCAUUCUUAUCAGAAUCGCACAUCUGAACGCUGCAUUAACACUACGAAUGACGAUUGCACAGAGAAGGCCAUACAUCCAUUUUAUUUCUCUUGCAAAGAUCCCUCUGAGGAGUGUCCUGAGACUAUGGUUUAUAACUAUAAUGUGAAGUACUGUAACCAGUCUUGCCGCUCACUGGAUGAACCCGAUCCGCUGUGUAAAGUUCAAAUUGCUCCUAUGGAGGGCUGCGGUUGCCCUGAAGGGACCUACCUCAAUGACGAGGAGGAAUGUGUCACUCCAGAUGACUGUCCCUGCUACUACAAAGGCAAGAUUGUUCAGCCUGAUUGCCCGGCUCCUAUGUACUACUUCAACUGCAGCUCCGCGGGUCCUGGUGCAAUUGGAUCAGAGUGUCAGAAAAGUUGUAAGACGCAAGACAUGCACUGUUAUGUCACAGAAUGUGUCUCUGGCUGCAUGUGUCCUGAUGGGCUGGUACUGGAUGGCAGUGGAGGUUGUAUUCCCAAAGACCAGUGCCCGUGUGUCCAUGGAGGACACUUUUAUAAACCUGGGGAAACCAUCCAAGUUGACUGCAACACAUGCACAUGUAACAAAAGGCAGUGGAACUGCACGGACAAUCCCUGCAAGGGAACCUGCACCGUGUAUGGCAAUGGGCACUACAUGACCUUUGAUGGGGAGAAGUUUGAUUUCCUGGGAGACUGUGACUAUAUCCUAGCUCAGGACUUCUGCCCCAAUAACAUGGAUGCUGGCACCUUCCGAAUUGUAAUUCAGAACAAUGCCUGUGGGAAGUCACUCUCCAUCUGCUCUCUAAAGAUCACACUGAUUUUUGAGAGCAGUGAAAUCAGGCUCUUGGAAGGAAGAAUUCAGGAGAUAGCCACUGAUCCAGGAGCUAAGAGGAAUUAUACGGUGGAUCUCAGAGGAGGCUAUAUUGUGAUUGAAACGACUCAAGGGAUGAACUUCAUGUGGGACCAGAAGACUACAGUUGUCGUUCAUGUGGCACCAUCUUUCCAGAUUGAAUUAAUCUGGGCAGAGUGUAAAGUUGGUCAAACUGAGGCACUCAACAUCUGUGAUCCAGACUCUGAAGACUGUCCACUGACAGCUGCUCCCAGUGCAACAAGCCUAGUUCCUGUUACCACAUUGGCUCCUGUGAGCGAUUGUCUUGGGCUCAUUCCUCCUAGAAAGUUUAACGAAUCAUGGAAUUUUGGAAACUGCCAGAUUGCCACUUGCCUGGGAGAAGGAAAUAAUAUUAAAACUGUCCAGUGUGACUUGCCCUCCUCAGCAACUAAAACUCUGUGUGAAUGUUUCCCAUUCAUGAAACACUAUGAUGAAACUGGCUGCUGUGAAGUCUUUGAGUGUCAGCUAUUUUAUUUAAUGGGCAAGAAAGUUUUUCCAGACGUUUCCACGAAUGGUAUCACGAUAACCAGUUCUGGCCUUUACGUCAUAGUUGAAAUACCUGAAUUAGAAGUUUAUGUCUCCUACAGUCGACUUGCGUUUUACAUAAAACUCCCUUUGGAAAGUUUUAUAACAAUACCAUGGGACUGUGUGCCCAAGGAAGCAAAAUGCCAUAUCUGUUUCCUUGCUUUGAAAAGGAACCUGACCGAGUGCCACAGCGUGGUUCCCCCGCAGCCCUACUACGAGGCCUGCGUGGCCAGCGGGUGCUCGGACCAGCACCCCAGCACCGAGUGUCAGAGCAUGCAGACGUACGCGGCCUUGUGUGGGCUCCACGGGGUCUGUGUGGACUGGAGGAGGCAGGCGAAUGGGCAGUGUGCCUGGGCAGUGGUGCCGAAGAGCUCCUGCGAGGACUGUGUGUGCACAGAUGAACAGGAUGCUGUGACGCAAACCAACCGGAUCCAGUGUGUUCCAGUGAAAUGCCAAACCACCUGCCAGCAGGGUUUCGCUACGUGGAACAGGAGGGUCAGUGCUGCAGCCAGUGCCAGCAAGUGGCUUGUGUGGCAAAUUUUCCAUUUGGCAAUGUCACCAUCGAGUCUCACAAAUAAAAAACUAGAACCAGGAAAAGGAAAGAAGUACUUUCUUGUUAUACAUUUACUCCAUCAGCAGCAAAUCUUUACAAAAACUCUCAGUGGGGAGUUAAACUUUGACAUGGAGCGUAUCUCAAUGAAAUAUUUUAAUGGACUGGAUCCUCCACUAGCCAAAACUCAAGUUCAAGUCCGGGGCGAAGAACAACGAUCACAAUCAAACUAUGAUUCUCAAUCCUUCCUGCAGAGAAAAAACAGUCUUCCGCUGGGUACUAAAUCCCAUGGAUUGACAAUCAUUCCACCUCUUCAAAACAUGCUGAAAGUUAAGGCUGGCAACCCCUCUCACAAUGGCCGUGUGUGCAGCACAUGGGGUAACUUCCACUUCAAGAACUUCGAUGGGGACAUCUUUUAUUUCCCUGGGGUCUGCAAUUACAUCUUUGCAUCCAACUGCAAAUCUGCCUAUGAGGAUUUCAACAUCCAGAUUAGGCGUACAAUGGUGGAAAAUGCUACCAUGAUCACCCACGUCGUCAUGAAGCUGGAAGGAGCAGUGGUUGAACUGACCCGCACAUCCGUCCUGGUCAAUGGCCAACAGGUUCAGAUGCCCUACAACCAUAUGGGAGUCUUGGUAGAGAGAAGCAACAGCUAUCUAAAAGUUUCUGCCAAGUUAGGACUGACCUUCCUUUGGAAUGAAGAGGAUGCCCUCCUGGUGGAACUAGAUAAGAAAUAUGCCAAUCAAACUUGCGGACUGUGUGGGGACUUCAAUGGAAUUCCAACCAAUAAUGAGUUUAUUUCACAGAAUACAAAACUGACUGCCGUUCAGUUUGGGAAUAGGCAGAAGAUAGAUGGACCCACAGAGCAGUGUGAUGACCCUAUUCCUCCUGCUGUUCUGAAGAACUGCUCAAGUGAAUUUGCUUCUAUCUGUGAGACAGUAUUAACCAGUGAAGCAUUCACAAGCUGUAAUGUACUUGUGGAUGUUCAGGACUACAUUGAAACUUGCAUACAAGACUUAUGCCACUGUGAUACCUCUAUGGCUGACUUCUGCAUGUGCAACACCUUUGCUGAAUACUCACGGCAGUGUGCUCAUGCUGGUGGACAGCCUCUGAACUGGAGAACCUCAGAAUUGUGCCCCAAAUCAUGUCCCUUCAACAUGCAACACCAGGAAUGUGGCUCCCCCUGCUCUGAUACCUGCAGCAACCCCGAAAGAUCUGCACUUUGUGAAGAUCAUUGUACAGAUGGCUGUGUCUGUCCUCCAGGAAUGGUAUUUGAUGACAUUAAUGGUGCUGGCUGUAUUCCCCGUAAGGAAUGUCACUGUACCUAUGAAAGUGAAACUUAUGCUCCUGGUACCUCCUUCUCAUCUAAAUGCAGAUCAUGUACCUGUGCUGGAGGUGAAUGGGCUUGCGUCACCCAGUCGUGUCCUGGAACUUGCAGUAUUGAAGGAGGUUCCCACAUCUCAACAUUUGAUGAAAAAUAUUAUUCCUUCUUUGGAGACUGUAGCUAUGUCCUAACCAAGGUAAAAAAUCACAAUGAUUUCACUGUCCUGGGAGACAUCCACAAAUGUGGCCUGACUGACACUGAGACAUGCCUCAAGGGUGUAGCCAUCAGCCUAAGUGGAGGACAAACUAACAUUGUGAUCCAGCCUUCUGGCAGCGUAUUUGUGAAUAUGAUCUACACACAGCUGCCCUUCUCUGCAGCAAAUGUCACCAUCUUCAGACCAUCAUCGUUCUUCAUCAUUUUACAAACAGCCUUUGGUCUUCAGCUACAGAUCCAGCUUACCCCUCUCAUGCAACUUUUUAUAAACUUAGACCCAUCACAUAAAGGGCAGACCUGUGGUCUCUGUGGAAAUUUCAAUGAUGUCCAGACUGAUGACUUCAAAACCACCAGUGGUGUAAUAGAGGGUACUUCAGCUGCCUUUGGCAAUACUUGGAAAACACGGGCUGAUUGUCCUGAUGCCAAAAUCACCUUUGAGAACCCCUGUACCCUCAGCAUAGAAAAUGACAAGUACGCUCAGCACUGGUGUGGCCUGCUCUCUGAUACCACGGGACCUUUUGCUGAAUGUCACUCAACAGUGAAUCCAGAAGUUUACCAGAAGAACUGCAUGUUUGACACAUGUAACUGUGAGAACACUGAGGACUGCAUGUGUGCUGCCCUCUCCAGCUACGUCAGAGCCUGUGCUGUGAAAGGAGUUCUCCUCAAUGGAUGGAGGAACAAAGUCUGCACGAAAUACACCAACAUGUGUCCGAAAUCCCUGAAGUACACUUACAAUAUUGAUUCCUGUCAACCCACUUGUCGCUCUCUGAGUGAGCCUGAUGUCACAUGCAACAUCAAGUUUGUCCCAGUUGAUGGCUGCACCUGCAUAAAUGGAACCUACAUGGAUGAAAGUGGCAAAUGUGUGCCUGCUUCUAGCUGUCCUUGUUACUACAAAGGAAUGCCUCUGUCUCCUGGGGAAGUCAUUCAUGAUAAUGGCAUUGUCUGCACUUGCACCUAUGGAAAGCUGAGCUGCAUUGGAGAAAAACCACAGCCAGUCUGUGCAUCUCCCAUGGUCUAUGUUGACUGUGGCAAUGCCACUGCAGGUGUGGCAGGAGCAGAGUGCCAGAAGAGCUGUCAGACUCUAGACAUGGAGUGUUACAAAACCCACUGUGUCUCUGGCUGUGUAUGUCCUCAUAAUUACGUAUUAGAUGGCAAAGGUGGUUGUAUAGCUCCUGAAGAGUGUCCAUGUGUUCACAACGGGGAUUCCUACAGUCCAGGAGAAUCAAUCAGAGUUGGCUGUAACAACUGCACAUGUAGAAACAGAAAGUGGCACUGCUCUGAGGAACCUUGCCUGGAAACCUGUUCAGUUUAUGGAGAUGGGCAUUACACCACCUUUGAUGGCAAACGCUUUGAUUUUGAAGGAGACUGUGAAUAUGUUCUGAUCCAGAACUACUGUGGCAAAAAAGGUUUGGACCAGGGAACCUUCAGAGUCAUCACUGAGAACAUUCCAUGUGGCACUACAGGAACCACCUGCUCUAAGUCUAUUAAAGUUUUCCUGGGGAACUAUGAAUUGGUACUCAGCGAUGGACGUUCUGAUGUCAUCCAGAGAACACCUGGAGGAGAAAUGCCAUUCCAAAUCCGUUCCAUGGGCAUCUACCUGGUUGUUGACACUACUGUUGGCUUGAUACUCAUGUGGGACAAGAAAACCAGCAUAUUCAUCAAACUUAGCCCCAGCUUUCAGGGACAUGUCUGUGGCCUUUGUGGAAAUUAUGAUGGCAAUGGAAACAAUGACUUCACUACCCGCAGCCAGUCUGUGGUAGGAAAUGUGCUGGAGUUUGCUAAUAGCUGGAAAGUGUCUUCUACUUGCCCAAAUGCCAAUCAAACCAAGGAUCCAUGUACUGCAAACCCAUACAGGAAAUCCUGGGCACAGAAACAAUGCAGCAUCAUUACCAGUGAAGUAUUUGCAAAGUGUCACUCCCAGGUUGAACCAAAUGAAUAUUAUCAAGCAUGUGUGGAUGAUGCAUGUGCUUGCGACACCGGAGGAGACUGUGAAUGUUUCUGUACAGCAGUAGCUGCCUAUGCUCAAGCAUGCAAUGAGCUGGACAUCUGCAUUUCAUGGAGAACCCCAUCCAUUUGUCCUCUGUUCUGUGAUUACUACAAUCCACAAGGGGAAUGUGAGUGGCACUACAAGCCAUGUGGAGCUCCUUGUAUGAAGACAUGCAAUAAUCCAAGUGGGAAAUGCCUUCAUGAGUUGAGAGGUUUGGAAGGUAAACAUAAUUAUCCCAGGGUCAACACAACUCUCGUUUUUAUUGCAGGCUGUUAUCCACACUGUCCAAAGAAUAAGCCCUAUUUUGAUGAAGAAACCAUGACUUGUGUUUCUAAUUGUGGUUGCUAUGAAAAUGGAAAACAUUACAAGCCAGGAAUGCAGAUGCCUUCAAAGCAGAAUUGUCAAUCAUGUGAAUGCACAAACCAUGGCAAAAAAUGCAAAUAUGAUGAACAUGAAUGCAUCUGCAUUUAUGAAGGACAGACAUAUAACUAUAACGACGUGAUCUACAAUACUACAGAUGGCAUAGGAGGGUGUAUUGUUGCAAUCUGUGGUCCCAAUGGAACACUGCAAAGGGUUGUGUAUGACUGUCCAAUCUCAGCAUCACCCACACCAUUUCAAUUCAGCACUACGCCACCUGCCACUACUUCCACAGCAUCACCAACAACAUCAGUAUGCGUUCAUGAAGUCUGUCAGUGGUCAGAAUGGUAUGAUGGAAGUCUACUAAUACCUGGAUUUGAUGGUGGAGAUUUUGAAACGUUUGAUGAUUUGAGAGCUAAAGGUUAUGAAGUCUGUAGAGCUCCAAAGGCUGUUCAGUGCAGAGCAGAGAAAUUUCCUAACAUACCACUGAAAGACCUUGGCCAAAGAGUAGAAUGCAGUACAACAUCUGGACUUAUAUGUUACAACAAAGAUCAAAUUUCAACAAUGUGCUACAAUUAUGAAAUCAGAAUCUUAUGUUGUGUUUUUGUACCAUGCUCUUCCACACCUUUCAUCACAACACCUUAUGAGACUUCAACACCGACCACACAUAUCCCAAUUCCAGAAAUGACAACCACAACAGCAAGUACCAGUGUCACAACUUCAGCUACAAGCACAGAAAAAACAAGUCCAAUUAUCAGAACAAGUACUCCUUCAGAAACAUCUCUGGAAACAACAAGUACUUCCACUGAGCCCAUAACCAGUACAAUGCCUUGCCAACCAAAGUGCAAAUGGUCCCAAUGGUAUGAUGUCCAUUUCCCGACUUUGCAGAACAAAGGAGAUUAUGAAACUUACCAUGACGUUAGAUCAGCUGGAAAAGCAAUCUGCAGACAUCCUGAAAAAAUACAAUGCAGAGCAGAAAAAUACCCACGUAAAUCCAUUGAAGAAAUUGGCCAGGUUGUUCAUUGCAAUGUAUCAUUUGGACUUAUCUGCAGAAAUGAGGAUCAAAAAGGAGAACUGCAUAUAUGUCUUAACUAUCAGAUAAAAGUACUCUGUUGUGAUGACUACAGCCACUGUCUAACAACAAGAGUGACACCUACUGUAUCAAUGGAAACUUCUGCCAGUACACCAUCAACAAUUCCUACAACUUCUGAAACUUCAACAUUCACACCUUCAGUUACUAAAGAAAUAACAACAACCACAACGGAAACGACACCAGUCACCACAACUCCUUCAACAGCUCCUGGUUGCAUAAAAGAGGAAUGUGACUGGUCAAUAUGGUAUGACGUUAGUUAUCCAGGAUCUGGAUAUAAUGAUGGAGAUUUUGACACAGUUGAGAACAUUAUAAAACAUGGAUACAAAGUCUGUGCUAACAGAAAGGCUGUGGAAUGCAGAGCAGUAAGGUUCCCUGACACACCGUAUCCUCUUCUGGAGCAACACAUUACAUGCAACACUGAAGAAGGAUUAACAUGCUACAAUAAAGACCAGCUACCACCAAUUUGCUAUAAUUAUGAAAUAAGAUUUAAAUGCUGUAGAAACAUAACAGUACCAUGCAAAACAACUCAAACGCCAUAUUCAACCACACAAGAGUCAACAACAGUGACAUAUUCUACAACUCUAACUACACAAUACACGGAAAUAUCAACGACAGAAACUACACCAGAAUUGCACACCAAACAUAAAACAACCACUGCAUCAACAAUACCACCAGAAACAGAACAUAUUCAUAGCAAAACUACAUCAACACCAACAACACAAACACAAACAGAAAAAAAGACCACAUAUACCACAUUACCAACCACGGUCACGACCUCCACCUCGACAGCGCCCACCUCCUCACAACCAACAGCACCCAGCUCAACUAGCACCAGCACCUUCACACCAACCCCUACUGUCAUCCCCUCAACCAGCACGACUUACCGCACGGAAGCCACUACCAUCUGUCAACCUGAACUGUGCUCCUGGACGGAAUGGUUCGAUGUUGACUUCCCCGCCUCAGGACCAAACCAGGGAGACUUCGAAACAUACCAGCACAUCCGGGCUGCCGGGAAGGAAGUCUGUCAACAGCCCAAACAAAUCCAGUGCCAGGCGGAGGACUACCCCGAGAUUUCCAUCGAAAACAUCGGGCAGGUUGUACAGUGCGAUGUCCACUUUGGACUGGUGUGUAAGAACGAAGAACAGCCUGGUAAAUUCAAGAUGUGCUUCAACUACAAGAUCCGCGUCCUCUGCUGCACCCCUAACUACAACUGCCCACCCACCACCUCACCUACCACCAGCCCCACCAGCACCAUCAUCCCAAGCACCGUCACAUCACCCACCACGGUCACGACCUCCACCUCUACUAGCUACUCCACCACCACAGCGCCCACCUCCUCACAAUCAACACCACUAAGCUCCACCAGCACCAGCACCUUCACGCCAACCCCUACUGUCAUCCCCUCAACCAGCACGACUUACCGCACGGAAGCCACUACCAUCUGUCAACCUGAACUGUGCUCCUGGACGGAAUGGUUCGACGUUGACUUCCCCGCCUCAGGACCUAACCAGGGAGACUUCGAAACAUACCAGCACAUCCGGGCUGCCGGGAAGGAAGUCUGUCAACAGCCCAAACAAAUCCAGUGCCAGGCGGAGGACUACCCCGAGAUUUCCAUCGAAAACAUCGGGCAGGUUGUACAGUGCGAUGUCCACUUUGGACUGGUGUGUAAGAACGAAGAACAGCCUGGUAAAUUCAAGAUGUGCUUCAACUACAAGAUCCGCGUCCUCUGCUGCACCCCUAACUACAACUGCCCACCCACCACCUCACCUACCACCAGCCCCACCAGCACCAUCAUCCCAAGCACCAUCACAUCACCCACCACGGUCACGACCUCCACCUCUACUAGCUACUCCACCACCACAGCGCCCACCUCCUCACAAUCAACACCACUAAGCUCCACCAGCACCAGCACCUUCACGACAACCCCUACUGUCAUCCCCUCAACCAGCACGACUUACCGCACGGAAGCCACUACCAUCUGUCAACCUGAACUGUGCUCCUGGACGGAAUGGUUCGAUGUUGACUUCCCCGCCUCAGGACCUAACCAGGGAGACUUCGAAACCUACCAGCACAUCCGGGCUGCCGGGAAGGAAGUCUGUCAACAGCCCAAACAAAUCCAGUGCCAGGCGGAGGACUACCCCGAGAUUUCCAUCGAAAACAUCGGGCAGGUUGUACAGUGCGACGUCCACUUUGGACUGGUGUGUAAGAACGAAGACCAGCCUGGUAAAUUCAAGAUGUGCUUCAACUACAAGAUCCGCGUCCUCUGCUGCACCGUUAACUACAACUGCCCACCCACCACCUCACCUACCACCAGCCCCACCAGCACCAUCAUCCCAAGCACCGUCACAUCACCCACCACGGUCACGACCUCCACCUCUACUAGCUACUCCACCACCACAGCGCCCACCUCCUCACAAUCAACACCACUAAGCUCCACCAGCACCAGCACCUUCACGACAACCCCUACUGUCAUCCCCUCAACCAGCACGACUUACCGCACGGAAGCCACUACCAUCUGUCAACCUGAACUGUGCUCCUGGACGGAAUGGUUCGAUGUUGACUUCCCCGCCUCAGGACCUAACCAGGGAGACUUCGAAACAUACCAGCACAUCCGGGCUGCCGGGAAGGAAGUCUGUCAACAGCCCAAACAAAUCCAGUGCCAGGCAGAGGACUACCCCGAGAUUUCCAUCGAAAACAUCGGGCAGGUUGUACAGUGCGAUGUCCACUUUGGACUGGUGUGUAAGAACGAAGAACAGCCCAGCAGAUUCAAGAUGUGCCUCAACUACAAGAUCCGCGUCCUCUGCUGCACCCCUAACUACAACUGCCCACCCACCACCUCACCUACCACCAGCCCCACCAGCACCAUCAUCCCAAGCACCGUCACAUCACCCACCACGGUCACGACCUCCACCUCUACUAGCUACUCCACCACCACAGCGCCCACCUCCUCACAAUCAACACCACUAAGCUCCACCAGCACCAGCACCUUCACGCCAACCCCUACUGUCAUCCCCUCAACCAGCACGACUUACCGCACGGAAGCCACUACCAUCUGUCAACCUGAACUGUGCUCCUGGACGGAAUGGUUCGAUGUUGACUUCCCCGCCUCAGGACCUAACCAGGGAGACUUCGAAACAUACCAGCACAUCCGGGCUGCCGGGAAGGAAGUCUGUCAACAGCCCAAACAAAUCCAGUGCCAGGCGGAGGACUACCCCGAGAUUUCCAUCGAAAACAUCGGGCAGGUUGUACAGUGCGACGUCCACUUUGGACUGGUGUGUAAGAACGAAGACCAGCCCAGCAGAUUCAAGAUGUGCUUCAACUACAAGAUCCGCGUCCUCUGCUGCACCCCUAACUACAACUGCCCACCCACCACCUCACCUACCACCAGCCCCACCAGCACUAUCAUCCCAAGCACCAUCACAUCACCCACCACGGUCACGACCUCCACCUCUACUAGCUACUCCACCACCACAGCGCCCACCUCCUCACAAUCAACACCAUUAAGCUCCACCAGCACCAGCACCUUCACGCCAACCCCUACUGUCAUCCCCUCAACCAGCACGACUUACCGCACGGAAGCCACUACCAUCUGUCAACCUGAACUGUGCUCCUGGACGGAAUGGUUUGACGUUGACUUCCCCGCCUCGGGACCAAACCAGGGAGACUUCGAAACAUACCAGCACAUCCGGGCUGCCGGGAAGGAAGUCUGUCAACAGCCCAAACAAAUUCAGUGCCAGGCGGAGGACUACCCCGAGAUUUCCAUCGAAAACAUCGGGCAGGUUGUACAGUGCGAUGUCCACUUUGGACUGGUGUGCAAGAACGAAGACCAGCCCAGCAGAUUCAAGAUGUGCCUCAACUACAAGAUCCGUGUCCUCUGCUGCACCCCUAACUACAACUGCCCACCCACCACCUCACCUACCACCAGCCCCACCAGCACCAUCAUCCCAAGCACCGUCACAUCACCCACCACGGUCACGACCUCCACCUCUACUAGCUACUCAACCACCACAGCGCCCACCUCCUCACAAUCAACACCACUAAGCUCCACCAGCACCAGCACCUUCACGACAACCCCUACUGUCAUCCCCUCAACCAGCACGACUUACCGCACGGAAGCCACUACCAUCUGUCAACCUGAACUGUGCUCCUGGACGGAAUGGUUUGACGUUGACUUCCCCGCCUCAGGACCAAACCAGGGAGACUUCGAAACAUACCAGCACAUCCGGGCUGCCGGGAAGGAAGUCUGUCAACAGCCCAAACAAAUCCAGUGCCAGGCGGAGGACUACCCCGAGAUUUCCAUCGAAAACAUCGGGCAGGUUGUACAGUGCGAUGUCCACUUUGGACUGGUGUGCAAGAACGAAGACCAGCCCAGCAGAUUCAAGAUGUGCCUCAACUACAAGAUCCGUGUCCUCUGCUGCACCCCUAACUACAACUGCCCACCCACCACCUCACCUACCACCAGCCCCACCAGCACCAUCAUCCCAAGCACCGUCACAUCACCCACCACGGUCACGACCUCCACCUCUACUAGCUACUCCACCACCACAGCGCCCACCUCCUCACAAUCAACACCACUAAGCUCCACCAGCACCAGCACCUUCACGCCAACCCCUACUGUCAUCCCCUCAACCAGCACGACUUACCGCACGGAAGCCACUACCAUCUGUCAACCUGAACUGUGCUCCUGGACGGAAUGGUUCGAUGUUGACUUCCCCGCCUCAGGACCUAACCAGGGAGACUUCGAAACCUACCAGCACAUCCGGGCUGCCGGGAAGGAAGUCUGUCAACAGCCCAAACAAAUCCAGUGCCAGGCGGAGGACUACCCCGAGAUUUCCAUCGAAAACAUCGGGCAGGUUGUACAGUGCGACGUCCACUUUGGACUGGUGUGUAAGAACGAAGACCAGCCCAGCAGAUUCAAGAUGUGCCUCAACUAUAAGAUCCGCGUCCUCUGCUGCACCCCUAACUACAACUGCCCACCCACCACCUCACCUACCACCAGCCCCACCAGCACUAUCAUCCCAAGCACCAUCACAUCACCCACCACGGUCAAGACCUCCACCUCUACUAGCUACUCCACCACCACAGCGCCCACCUCCUCACAAUCAACACCAUUAAGCUCCACCAGCACCAGCACCUUCACGCCAACCCCUACUGUCAUCCCCUCAACCAGCACGACUUACCGCACGGAAGCCACUACCAUCUGUCAACCUGAACUGUGCUCCUGGACGGAAUGGUUCGACGUUGACUUCCCCGCCUCGGGACCAAACCAGGGAGACUUCGAAACAUACCAGCACAUCCGGGCUGCCGGGAAGGAAGUCUGUCAACAGCCCAAACAAAUUCAGUGCCAGGCGGAGGACUACCCCGAGAUUUCCAUCGAAAACAUCGGGCAGGUUGUACAGUGCGAUGUCCACUUUGGACUGGUGUGCAAGAACGAAGACCAGCCCAGCAGAUUCAAGAUGUGCCUCAACUACAAGAUCCGUGUCCUCUGCUGCACCCCUAACUACAACUGCCCACCCACCACCUCACCUACCACCAGCCCCACCAGCACCAUCAUCCCAAGCACCGUCACAUCACCCACCACGGUCACGACCUCCACCUCUACUAGCUACUCAACCACCACAGCGCCCACCUCCUCACAAUCAACACCACUAAGCUCCACCAGCACCAGCACCUUCACGCCAACCCCUACUGUCAUCCCCUCAACCAGCACGACUUACCGCACGGAAGCCACUACCAUCUGUCAACCUGAACUGUGCUCCUGGACGGAAUGGUUUGACGUUGACUUCCCCGCCUCAGGACCAAACCAGGGAGACUUCGAAACCUACCAGCACAUCCGGGCUGCCGGGAAGGAAGUCUGUCAACAGCCCAAACAAAUCCAGUGCCAGGCGGAGGACUACCCCGAGAUUUCCAUCGAAAACAUCGGGCAGGUUGUACAGUGCGAUGUCCACUUUGGACUGGUGUGCAAGAACGCAACUACAAGAUCCGUGUCCUCUGCUGCACCCCUAACUACAACUCCACCCACCACCUCACCUACCACCAGCCCCACCAGCACCAUCAUCCCAAGCACCGUCACAUCACCCACCACGGUCACGACCUCCACCUCUACUAGCUACUCCACCACCACAGCGCCCACCUCCUCACAAUCAACACCACUAAGCUCCACCAGCACCAGCACCUUCACGCCAACCCCUACUGUCAUCCCCUCAACCAGCACGACUUACCGCACGGAAGCCACUACCAUCUGUCAACCUGAACUGUGCUCCUGGACGGAAUGGUUCGAUGUUGACUUCCCCGCCUCAGGACCUAACCAGGGAGACUUCGAAACCUACCAGCACAUCCGGGCUGCCGGGAAGGAAGUCUGUCAACAGCCCAAACAAAUCCAGUGCCAGGCGGAGGACUACCCCGAGAUUUCCAUCGAAAACAUCGGGCAGGUUGUACAGUGCGACGUCCACUUUGGACUGGUGUGUAAGAACGAAGACCAGCCCAGCAGAUUCAAGAUGUGCCUCAACUAUAAGAUCCGCGUCCUCUGCUGCACCCCUAACUACAACUGCCCACCCACCACCUCACCUACCACCAGCCCCACCAGCACCAUCAUCCCAAGCACCAUCACAUCACCCACCACGGUCACGACCUCCACCUCUACUAGCUACUCCACCACCACAGCGCCCACCUCCUCACAAUCAACACCAUUAAGCUCCACCAGCACCAGCACCUUCACGCCAACCCCUACUGUCAUCCCCUCAACCAGCACGACUUACCGCACGGAAGCCACUACCAUCUGUCAACCUGAACUGUGCUCCUGGACGGAAUGGUUCGAUGUUGACUUCCCCGCCUCGGGACCAAACCAGGGAGACUUCGAAACAUACCAGCACAUCCGGGCUGCCGGGAAGGAAGUCUGUCAACAGCCCAAACAAAUUCAGUGCCAGGCGGAGGACUACCCCGAGGUUUCCAUCGAAAACAUCGGGCAGGUUGUACAGUGCGAUGUCCACUUUGGACUGGUGUGCAAGAACGAAGACCAGCCCAGCAGAUUCAAGAUGUGCCUCAACUAUAAGAUCCGUGUCCUCUGCUGCACCCCUAACUACAACUGCCCACCCACCACCUCACCUACCACCAGCCCCACCAGCACCAUCAUCCCAAGCACCAUCACAUCACCCACCACGGUCACGACCUCCACCUCUACUAGCUACUCCACCACCACAGCGCCUACCUCCUCACAAUCAACACCACUAAGCUCCACCAGCACCAGCACCUUCACGACAACCCCUACUGUCAUCCCCUCAACCAGCACGACUUACCGCACGGAAGCCACUACCAUCUGUCAACCUGAACUGUGCUCCUGGACGGAAUGGUUUGACGUUGACUUCCCCGCCUCAGGACCAAACCAGGGAGACUUCGAAACAUACCAGCACAUCCGGGCUGCCGGGAAGGAAGUCUGUCAACAGCCCAAACAAAUCCAGUGCCAGGCGGAGGACUACCCCGAGAUUUCCAUCGAAAACAUCGGGCAGGUUGUACAGUGCGAUGUCCACUUUGGACUGGUGUGUAAGAACGAAGACCAGCCCAGCAGAUUCAAGAUGUGCCUCAACUAUAAGAUCCGUGUCCUCUGCUGCACCCCUAACUACAACUGCCCACCCACCACCUCACCUACCACCGGCCCCACCAGCACCAUCAUCCCAAGCACCGUCACAUCACCCACCACGGUCACGACCUCCACCUCUACUAGCUACUCCACCACCACAGCGCCCACCUCCUCACAAUCAACACCACUAAGCUCCACCAGCACCAGCACCUUCACGACAACCCCUACUGUCAUCCCCUCAACCAGCACGACUUACCGCACGGAAGCCACUACCAUCUGUCAACCUGAACUGUGCUCCUGGACGGAAUGGUUCGACGUUGACUUCCCCGCCUCAGGACCUAACCAGGGAGACUUCGAAACAUACCAGCACAUCCGGGCUGCCGGGAAGGAAGUCUGUCAACAGCCCAAACAAAUCCAGUGCCAGGCAGAGGACUACCCCGAGAUUUCCAUCGAAAACAUCGGGCAGGUUGUACAGUGCGAUGUCCACUUUGGACUGGUGUGUAAGAACGAAGACCAGCCCGGCAGAUUCAAGAUGUGCCUCAACUAUAAGAUCCGUGUCCUCUGCUGCACCCCUAACUACAACUGCCCACCCACCACCUCACCUACCACCAGCCCCACCAGCACCAUCAUCCCAAGCACCGUCACAUCACCCACCACGGUCACGACCUCCACCUCUACUAGCUACUCCACCACCACAGCGCCCACCUCCUCACAAUCAACACCACUAAGCUCCACCAGCACCAGCACCUUCACGACAACCCCUACUGUCAUCCCCUCAACCAGCACGACUUACCGCACGGAAGCCACUACCAUCUGUCAACCUGAACUGUGCUCCUGGACGGAAUGGUUCGACGUUGACUUCCCCGCCUCAGGACCUAACCAGGGAGACUUCGAAACAUACCAGCACAUCCGGGCUGCCGGGAAGGAAGUCUGUCAACAGCCCAAACAAAUCCAGUGCCAGGCGGAGGACUACCCCGAGAUUUCCAUCGAAAACAUCGGGCAGGUUGUACAGUGCGAUGUCCACUUUGGACUGGUGUGUAAGAACGAAGACCAGCCCAGCAGAUUCAAGAUGUGCCUCAACUAUAAGAUCCGUGUCCUCUGCUGCACCGUUAACUACAACUGCCCACCCACCACCUCACCUACCACCAGCCCCACCAGCACCAUCAUCCCAAGCACCGUCACAUCACCCACCACGGUCACGACCUCCACCUCUACUAGCUACUCCACCACCACAGCGCCCACCUCCUCACAAUCAACACCACUAAGCUCCACCAGCACCAGCACCUUCACGCCAACCCCUACUGUCAUCCCCUCAACCAGCACGACUUACCGCACGGAAGCCACUACCAUCUGUCAACCUGAACUGUGCUCCUGGACGGAAUGGUUCGACGUUGACUUCCCCGCCUCAGGACCUAACCAGGGAGACUUCGAAACAUACCAGCACAUCCGGGCUGCCGGGAAGGAAGUCUGUCAACAGCCCAAACAAAUCCAGUGCCAGGCGGAGGACUACCCCGAGAUUUCCAUCGAAAACAUCGGGCAGGUUGUACAGUGCGAUGUCCACUUUGGACUGGUGUGUAAGAACGAAGACCAGCCCAGCAGAUUCAAGAUGUGCCUCAACUAUAAGAUCCGUGUCCUCUGCUGCACCGUUAACUACAACUGCCCACCCACCACCUCACCUACCACCAGCCCCACCAGCACCAUCAUCCCAAGCACCGUCACAUCACCCACCACGGUCACGACCUCCACCUCUACUAGCUACUCCACCACCACAGCGCCCACCUCCUCACAAUCAACACCACUAAGCUCCACCAGCACCAGCACCUUCACGCCAACCCCUACUGUCAUCCCCUCAACCAGCAUGACUUACCGCACGGAAGCCACUACCAUCUGUCAACCUGAACUGUGCUCCUGGACGGAAUGGUUCGAUGUUGACUUCCCCGCCUCAGGACCAAACCAGGGAGACUUCGAAACCUACCAGCACAUCCGGGCUGCCGGGAAGGAAGUCUGUCAACAGCCCAAACAAAUCCAGUGCCAGGCGGAGGACUACCCCGAGAUUUCCAUCGAAAACAUCGGGCAGGUUGUACAGUGCGAUGUCCACUUUGGACUGGUGUGUAAGAACGAAGACCAGCCCAGCAGAUUCAAGAUGUGCCUCAACUAUAAGAUCCGUGUCCUCUGCUGCACCGUUAACUACAACUGCCCACCCACCACCUCACCUACCACCAGCCCCACCAGCACCAUCAUCCCAAGCACCGUCACAUCACCCACCACGGUCACGACCUCCACCUCUACUAGCUACUCCACCACCACAGCGCCCACCUCCUCACAAUCAACACCACUAAGCUCCACCAGCACCAGCACCUUCACGACAACCCCUACUGUCAUCCCCUCAACCAGCACGACUUACCGCACGGAAGCCACUACCAUCUGUCAACCUGAACUGUGCUCCUGGACGGAAUGGUUCGACGUUGACUUCCCCGCCUCAGGACCUAACCAGGGAGACUUCGAAACCUACCAGCACAUCCGGGCUGCCGGGAAGGAAGUCUGUCAACAGCCCAAACAAAUCCAGUGCCAGGCGGAGGACUACCCCGAGAUUUCCAUCGAAAACAUCGGGCAGGUUGUACAGUGCGAUGUCCACUUUGGACUGGUGUGCAAGAACGAAGACCAGCCCGGCAGAUUCAAGAUGUGCCUCAACUACAAGAUCCGCGUCCUCUGCUGCACCCCUAACUACAACUGCCCACCCACCACCUCACCUACCACCAGCCCCACCAGCACCAUCAUCCCAAGCACCGUCACAUCACCCACCACGGUCACGACCUCCACCUCUACUAGCUACUCCACCACCACAGCACCCACCUCCUCACAAUCAACACCACUAAGCUCCACCAGCACCAGCACCUUCACGCCAACCCCUACUGUCAUCCCCUCAACCAGCACGACUUACCGCACGGAAGCCACUACCAUCUGUCAACCUGAACUGUGCUCCUGGACGGAAUGGUUCGAUGUUGACUUCCCCGCCUCGGGACCAAACCAGGGAGACUUCGAAACAUACCAGCACAUCCGGGCUGCCGGGAAGGAAGUCUGUCAACAGCCCAAACAAAUCCAGUGCCAGGCGGAGGACUACCCCGAGAUUUCCAUCGAAAACAUCGGGCAGGUUGUACAGUGCGAUGUCCACUUUGGACUGGUGUGUAAGAACGAAGACCAGCCCAGCAGAUUCAAGAUGUGCCUCAACUACAAGAUCCGUGUCCUCUGCUGCACCCCUAACUACAACUGCCCACCCACCACCUCACCUACCACCAGCCCCACCAGCACCAUCAUCCCAAGCACCGUCACAUCACCCACCACGGUCACGACCUCCACCUCUACUAGCUACUCCACCACCACAGCGCCCACCUCCUCACAAUCAACACCACUAAGCUCCACCAGCACCAGCACCUUCACGACAACCCCUACUGUCAUCCCCUCAACCAGCACGACUUACCGCACGGAAGCCACUACCAUCUGUCAACCUGAACUGUGCUCCUGGACGGAAUGGUUUGACGUUGACUUCCCCGCCUCAGGACCAAACCAGGGAGACUUCGAAACAUACCAGCACAUCCGGGCUGCCGGGAAGGAAGUCUGUCAACAGCCCAACAAAUCCAGUGCCAGGCGGAGGACUACCCCGAGAUUUCCAUCGAAAACAUCGGGCAGGUUGUACAGUGCGAUGUCCACUUUGGACUGGUGUGCAAGAACGAAGACCAGCCCAGCAGAUUCAAGAUGUGCCUCAACUACAAGAUCCGUGUCCUCUGCUGCACCCCUAACUACAACUGCCCACCCAACCUCACCUACCACCAGCCCCACCAGCACCACCACCAUCACAUCACCCACCACAGUCACGACCUCCACCUCCACUAGCUACUCCACCACCACAGCACCCAUCUCCUCACAAUCAACACCACCAAGUUCCACCAGCACCAGCACCUUCACGCCGACCCCUACUGUCAUCCCCUCAACCAGCACGACUUACCGCACGGAAGCCACUACCAUCUGUCAACCUGAACUGUGCUCCUGGACGGAAUGGUUCGACGUUGACUUCCCCGCCUCAGGACCUAACCAGGGAGACUUUGAAACAUACCAGCACAUCCGGGCUGCCGGGAAGGAUGUCUGUCAACAGCCGAAACAAAUCCAGUGCCAGGCGGAGGACUACCCUGAGAUUUCCAUCGAAAACAUCGGGCAGGUUGUACAGUGUGACAUCCACUUUGGACUGGUGUGCAAGAACGAAGACCAGCCUGGUAAAUUCAAGAUGUGCCUCAACUACAAGAUCCGCGUCCUCUGCUGCACCCCUAACUACAACUGCCCACCCACCACCUCACCUACCACCGGCCCCACCAGCACCACCACCAUCACAUCACCCACCACAGUCACGACCUCCACCUCCACUAGCUACUCCACCACCACAGCACCCAUCUCCUCACAAUCAACACCACCAAGUUCCACCAGCACCAGCACCUUCACGCCGACCCCUACUGUCAUCCCCUCAACCAGCACGACUUACCGCACUGAGCCCACUACCAUCUGUCAACCUGAACUGUGCUCCUGGACGGAAUGGUUCGACGUUGACUUCCCCGCCUCAGGACCUAACCAGGGAGACUUUGAAACAUACCAGCACAUCCGGGCUGCCGGUAAGGAUGUCUGUCAACAGCCCAAACAAAUCCAGUGCCAGGCGGAGGACUACCCCGAGAUUUCCAUCGAAAACAUCGGGCAGGUUGUACAGUGUGACAUCCACUUUGGACUGGUGUGUAAGAAUGAAGACCAGCCUGGUAAAUUCAAGAUGUGCCUCAACUAUAAGAUCCGUGUCCUCUGCUGCACCCCUAACUACAACUGCCCACCCACCACCUCACCUACCACCAGCCCCACCAGCACCAUCAUCCCAAGCACCGUCACAUCACCCACCACGGUCACGACCUCCACCUCUACUAGCUACUCCACCACCACAGCGCCCACCUCCUCACAAUCAACACCACUAAGCUCCACCAGCACCAGCACCUUCACGCCAACCCCUACUGUCAUCCCCUCAACCAGCACGACUUACCGCACUGAGCCCACUACCAUCUGUCAGCCUGAACUGUGCUCCUGGACGGAAUGGUUCGACGUUGACUUCCCCGCCUCAGGACCUAACCAGGGAGACUUUGAAACAUACCAGCACAUCCGGGCUGCCGGGAAGGAAGUCUGUCAACAGCCCAAACAAAUCCAGUGCCAGGCGGAAGACUACCCCGAGAUUUCCAUCGAAAACAUCGGGCAGGUUGUACAGUGUGACAUCCACUUUGGACUGGUGUGUAAGAACGAAGACCAGCCUGGUAAAUUCAAGAUGUGCUUCAACUAUAAGAUCCGUGUCCUCUGCUGCACCCCUAACUACAACUGCCCACAAUCUACCACACCAUCCCAUGCCCCUUCAACCAUCCCUACAGCAUCAGAAACCACCAGUUAUACUACUUCUAUUCCUACGUCUACACCAUGUUUCUGUAAAAUUGGAGAUGACAUUUAUUCACCUGGUGAUGUGAUUUACAACAGAAUGGACAGUGAUGGAUGUAGAUUUUAUGCCAUUUGCAGUCAAGCAUGUUCAGUUGAACGAUACACCGGACCUUGUAAUGUUACUACUCCUGUAACUACUACUUCCCCUCAGACACCUCCUGUAACAACAUCAGCUCCAUCUCCUCCUUCAGGUUGUGUUUCUAGUACUUACCCUCCCCUACAGCCUGGCCAGAGAUACAAAUUAUCCAACUGUACAGAAAUCAUCUGUGAGGGAGACAACAAAAUAAAAGUAGUUCAAACAAUCUGCCCACCUGUAAAGGAAAUUACCUGUGCAAACAAAUAUCCACCAAUACUGGUACCUGAUGAAAAUCGCUGCUGUUACCACUACGAGUGUCAAUGUGUGUGCAGUGGAUGGGGUGAUCCUCAUUAUAUUACUUUUGAUGGAACCUACUAUACUUUCCUUGAAAACUGCACUUAUGUCCUGGUGAAACAGAUUGUACCUAAAUACGACAACUUCCGUGUUUACAUUGACAAUUAUUACUGCGAUUCAAAAGAUGGACUUUCCUGUCCUAAAUCGAUUAUUAUUUUCUACAAAUCUGCAGAAGUGGUGCUGACCCGUGAACUGAUGACGAAUGUGAUGUACUUCAACAAAAAUAUUGUCCAACCAGGCUUUAAUAAGGAUGGCAUUUAUUUCUCCACACUUGGCAUCAAUAUGAUUGUUGAAAUACCAGAAAUUGGUGCAACCAUCACCUUUAGUGGGCUGAUUUUCUCCGUGAAACUUCCGUACAGCAAAUUUGGCAACAAUACUGAAGGACAAUGUGGAACAUGUACAAAUAAUGAAGCAGAUGAAUGCCGCUUGCCAAGUGGUAAGAUCAUUUCUUCCUGUCCCCAAAUGGCUCAUCACUGGCUUGUUGGUAACAACAAAUCUUGCAGUGGAGUAACACCAUCACCACUCAUAACCACACCUCCACCAAGGCCUCAGUGUAAAGUUCCCGAACUCUGCAAGAUUAUCCUGAGCAAAGUUUUUGCAAAAUGCCAUGAUGUGAUACCCCCAGAACCAUUUUUCAAAGGAUGCGUUUUUGAUGGGUGUCGCAUGACUGAUGAAUCCAUGCAGUGUUCCAGUCUGGAGAUGUAUAGUACAGAGUGUGGUUUUAGAGGUGUCUGCAUUGACUGGAGAGGAAAGACAAACAACACCUGCCCAUACAACUGUCCAGCAAACAUGGAAUACAAGCCAUGUGGGUCCAUUAAUCCUGCUACCUGUGAGCAAAGGUAUGGAAAGACCAAAAAAAACAACUGCUUCUCUUUGUCUUUUUUCUACUUUUACCUACCUACUUCCCUUACUAAAUUGAACUAUUUCAUAAUUAAACAUCUCAUGAAUUUGCAUACUUUAUUCAAGAUUUAUAUAUAUCAUAGCUCUGUGGACCAUCCGGGCUAUGGAGUAACUGAAGGAUGUUUCUGUCCUGAAGGAACAACACUCCUGAGUGAAGACAGCAGCAUCUGUGUUUCUGAAUGUUCUUGUAGGGAACCAAAUGGAGUAUACAGAGGGCCAGGAGAAAAAUGGACAACAAAUUGCCAGGAAUGCGUCUGUGACAGAUACACUCUCAGAGUGCAGUGUACAAAACACGUAUGUUCUAUGCCACAGCAAAAAGCUUGUUACGAACCAGGUUACAUGCCUGUUCAGAUACAGAUACCAGAAGAUCCAUGCUGUACCAGGACUGAGUGCUACUGUAAUACCAGCCUCUGCCCUGAGGCCACACACCAGUGCUUAGAGGGACAGGAAAUAAUCACAGUAACACAGCCUGGAAAAUGCUGUCCUACCUUUGAAUGCAGACAUGGCUGUGUAGUCAAUGAAACCUACUAUGCACCUGGAGCUGCGAUACCAUCAGGCCCCUGUGAAACCUGUACCUGCUCUGAAUUCCCUUACUCAAGCCUUCAGCAGGUUGCUGUCAAGUGCCAGCCUGUUAUCUGUGACACCUACUGCCCAAUGGGAUAUAAGUAUACAGUGGAACCUGGAAAGUGCUGCGGCACAUGCAAGGCAGAGGCCUGUAUAGUGACCAUGGGAGACAACACUACACACGUGCUCAAGAUUGGAGAAUACUGGAAUCAGCCUGGUAAUAACUGUACAGCCUACACAUGUGAAAAACACAACGGACAGUUCAUUACAGUCAUCGUAAAGAAAACCUGUCCCUACUUUAACCCUGAUGACUGUGAUCCAAAUACCAUCAAGCUAUCAGAUGAUGGAUGCUGUAGAGAGUGCUCGAUAGUACCGACAGGUUGUAAGAAGCACAAUACCACUACUGUCAUCAAGCACCGCGGAUGUGUAUCUCCUUCACCUGUUGAGAUGACAUACUGUGAAGGCAGCUGUGAUGCUUACUCACGAUAUUCUCAAGAGGCAAACAUGAUGGAACAUAAAUGCUCAUGUUGUCAGGAAGUCCAGACUAGCAUAAGAAAGGUGACUCUGACAUGCAGUGAUGGAACCCACCUUGAUCACUCAUACACCUACGUGGAGCAAUGCAGCUGUGUGGGUGCUGAGUGCAUUCCCCAAGACACUGUCAACCAACAACAGCAAACAGGCAAUAUAUGAGGCAAAGAC